AUGGCGCUGGCACCCUGCACGGGCUGCGCAUCCCUCGACCGGCCCGAUGUCACCGAGGACCGCAUGGGCGACGUCGCCGAGGUCGCGACGAACCUGAUCCUGGACAGCGAUGACCCGAACUACCACCGCGAUCUGCUGCGCGAUCUGCUGCGGGCCAUGCGGUGCGUCGACGAGGCGCACGCGCAGACCCUACUAGGCAUGAUCCGGGCCGAGGCGUCGCUGCACGAGCUGCGGUGGUUCGUGGACCGCACGCUCAAGGACAUGCAGGCGGCCGGCUGCGACGAUGAUGGCGACACACGGGAGCAGCUGGAGGAGAUGCAGGAGCGGGUUGGCAUUGGGAGCGGCGAGCCUGCGUUCCGGCCCAAGGUCAUGGAUCUGCAGUAUCUGUGCGAUGUCGCGCCGUAUAAGGUGCCGCCGAAGCCGUGGACGACGGUCACGGACGACGAUGCGCUGGUUUCGCAUCUGAUCUCGCUGUACUUCACCUGGGAUUAUCCAUUCUACGCGUUUGUCGACUGCAAUGCCUUUGUGCAUCACAUGUCGCUGGGGAAUGUCAAUUCGGAUCUGUGUAGUCCGUUUUUGGUCAAUGCCAUGCUCGCCAAUGCUUGUCACUAUUCCCAGUAUUCCGAGGCGUAUGCAAUCCCCGGUGAUAUCAAAACAAAAGGAAGCGACUUCCUGGCCGAAGCGGAACGACUGAUGCCCAGUUACCAACUCGAGCGGGGGAGGAGUGUUCGACUCGCAUCUCUCCAGGCAACUCUUCUUCUUUACGAACGAUACUCCAUGUCUGGCGACGAUGGCCUGGGCUACACCAUGCUCCAUCGAGCGAUUGAGAUGGGCGAAUCACUGGGUAUUAUCAACAGCGAGGAUCUGGAUCUGAACAAACUCCAGAUGUCGGACGAGAUGCGCUCAUCCAUCAAACGCACCGCCUGGGGUCUCUUCCAAGUCGACAGCGUCGUCCACACCAACUUCCGCAAACCCAGCCGGGUCAGUCGAGUCAGCGUCGAGCGCAUCGCCCGCAACGAGACCCGCCCCACCGACGAAUGGGCCCCCUAUCCGACGGGCAAGCCCGGAAUGCCAUCCUUCCUCAGUCAAUACUUUGACGAGGCAUGUCGGCUGUCCUUCAUUGCCCGGGAUCUCUCCCGCCACCUCUACCAGGAUCCUCGGCCCCAUGUCGACCAGUACCAGGGCAAGAAGGAGUUGGAAGGGAAAUUGCGCGAAUGGGAGGGCCAGUUGCCCGAGUCUUUCGACCCGGCCAACCGGCCCCCGGCACACAUCCUCCUACUAUGGUUCGUCCCCACGGCCCUGGCACGCCCUCCACCGCUCACCCACUCACAGUCAUGCAGGAUGCGCUACCACAGCACCAUGAUCAGCCUCGCCCGCGACGGUUUCGGCGUGCACCACUUCUUCUCGCCCGACGGGCACACACGCCCCUCGCUCCCCACCAGCGAACGCCUCCAGGCGCGCGCCACAGAACAAAGCCUCGCCUCCGCCCGCCAAAUCUCUGCCCUCGUGCAGCUCCACCGCGACCAGUACGGCAUCGGCCGCAGCCACCCGUUCAUCACGUAUGCAAUCAUGAUCGCCCUCUUCACGAUGCUCGACCACCCGGCCUUCGACAUCCUCGACCGCGACUUCCUGUCCCUCACCAGCGCCUUCUCCGUCAUCGCGUGCCGCUCGCAGGUUGGUCGGAACCUGUUCCAUAUCUUCCGCGAGUCGGUGCCCGCGCGCGGCCAGGAAGCGCGCGUGUUAGCGUCGCCGGACGUGUCGGAGGAGAUCAAGGAGUUGUUUGGGUGGCCACGGGCGCCGACGGGGACGAAAAACGGGACGGCCAAUGCCAAUGCCAAUGCCAAGGGGAAGUGGGAUGGGUAUGUAGAUGGGCUGGACAAGCUGGGGGCCACGGACGGAGGGCACGGAUAUGCGGCGUCCGGGGUCAGGGACAUGCUGCACAAGUACGAGAACCUGAGUCUGGGACAGGCAUAG